ACACAAGUCAGUACAAAAGAAGCAACCUUGAAGAGCCAAGCAUCUCAGGUGAAACAUCAAGUUUCAAGUUGUAAUGAAGGUGAUUGCCUCAGAUCUGGCCAAACCGGCCUCUCAUUCAAAGGUGACUGUUGUCAAACUUCACUGUUGAUGCAGCGUGUUUGUAAGGAUAUGGAAAGCAAGUCACCAGAAGUUAUGAAGGCACCAUUAUCCAUAUCUAUCAGAGACUUCAGUUUGAGCCUGUCUGAGUCAGACAAAGCCGAAAGUGACUUUACUAAGCUUCCUGAUGAGUUCAACUGCACUCCCCUGCUUGGUAAUACAGACGUGACUAGAACUAGCCUAAGAAGACUCUAUGAACCAGUGUCACAAACCAUGGUAACACAGUCAACUCUGGCUCAAGAUGACACAGAUGUAGCACAAAAAAGUAGGUCAUCUCAGAAGGAACCUGAUGAUGUACUACGUAGUAAUUACAAGAUUCCACAUGUUUCAAGUUUGGAUUCGGACGUUAAAGCUGUCAAGUCAUGCAAGAACAAAAAUCCAAAAGACCAAGUACAAAUGGAUGAUAUACCCUUCAUUGAUGAAGAUGACAUUAAGUCAAGUGAAUCUGUUUUCAGUUCAGUGAAGAACAACAUGGUGAAAUCUGACAAAAAACUGGAAAUUCAAACUAUUAUGCCAUAUAAUCAUCAAAAGAGUAAUUGCAUUCAUUUGACAUGUGACUCAACUGAUAGAUAUACUAAUUUAUGUCCUUUUCCAGAAUAUAAAGAUACUGACAUUAAAUCUAAAACAUCCCACACUCCUGAGCUGAAUAUUACCCCUUUGGGUUUUUUCUCACGCAUUGAACCUGAAAAUGAUAGAAUAACUGAGACUUCACAAUCUGUUGUUUUAGAUUUCUGCCCUUUCACUCCUAAUUAUUUGGUGUCCGAGGAACAGCAUGACUUAUUUUCACCGAUUAAUGAAGCAGACCCUUUCAAAGCUGAUAUGUGGAUGACAAACACAAGUGUGUCCAGGCUGUCAUCUCCUGAAUCUGUCAUGUCAGUUAGUGAUUACAGAGCAAUGUCACCUGAUUCUCCACUAGGUACCAAAUGGUUUUUACCUGCAGACUUUUUCAACACUUGGGAAGGUUGUCGAGAACUUUCUGCAAUGUCUGACAAAUGUAGCUCAACAGAUAUUAAUCAGAUUUACAAUGAGAACACAUUGCACACACAAACAUCUGAAGAUAAACAAAGGAUUUGUCCAGAAGAGUUCACAAUGCCUGUGAUUUCAGCUUCCUAUUUUUCAGAGUCUUUUGAGUCAUGGAAUUCCUGUAGGCCACUGUCCUCAAACUCUCAAGCAGCUAAGCUUUGUGAAGCUGUUUCAGAUGUUUCACAUAAGAGGGUAGAAAGAAAAACUCUGUCACCUGUGUCUUUAGAAUUUGAAAGUGAUGAUACUUUAAUACAGUUUAGAUUACUUGAUAGAAAAGAAUUUUCACCAGAAUUAUUAACCUCUAAUCAAGGAGCACAGACAGAUUGUAGACCAUUUUCACCAGAAUCUCAAUCCUCUCAGUGCAGCUUCUCAUUUCUUGAUCUCAUGUUCUCUGAACCAACUCGCUCCCAACUGAGGAGCCAAUACUGUGAUUAUUUCUUACAUUAUUCAGGAGAGAACCAAACAUCCCCACCAACAAUCAAAGGUUUUCAUGCUAUUAUGCCCAGUGAGGAGGUGUAUCCAGAUAUAUUCUUGACAAAACAAUUAGGUAAUUCAGAUAGUCAAGCUCCAACAAACUGGACCAUGUCAAAUGGCAAUCCCCCAUCAUAUUUUCCAUGUGUACAAUACAGUGUUCAGAGAUGUGUAAAUAUAAAAUCCUCUAGAAGUGCUCCUAUGCCAUAUCUUAAUGAUUGGACUGGAGAUCAGAUAGAAGAAGAGGAAAAACAAAGAGCACCUGAGGCUCAUGACAACAUAAGUGAAGAAGCGUUUUGUGAAGGUGAAAAGUUAAAAACCUCAUAUUUAAGAAAUGAGAAAAUAAAACUCCAAACACCAAAGAAUAGAAAAGAAUCUAACAUGUAUUUCUGGAAUUCUGUUCUUGAGCCAGUACUUGGUCAAGAAGAAAAUGAUGUGGCAAAUAUAUGGCAAACAGGAGGCAUGGAUGCGGAUCUAGAGGGAGACUCUGCAGAAAAGAGAGCUAAAAAGAAAGACACAAUAGCAGAAAAAACGAAGAAUUCUAUUGAAGAAGCAGCAGUUCAAAAACAAAUAAAAGUCUUUGAGCUGAUAAGAAAACCAAAAUAUGUCUUACAUUUUCAGAAUAUACCCGAAACACUAUCUAAAAAAAGAUUAUCAUUACUUGAGAAAAAUGAGGCUGAAGAAAGUGUUACCAAUUAUAAUCCUACAAAAAUGAUUGAAGAGAUUGAGAGCAAACUGCAUUCAACACUCUCUUGUUCUCCAGAUUUAGAUUCCAAAGACUCAAGUAAAUUGGUACCUUUCCCUCAACACAAUACAAAUACCGCGCUUUUGACAUAUGGACAGUCCAAAAUUUCAGGUGUAACAGUAGUUUCUUCUCCACUGCUCUCUACGGAGAGACCUCUGACAUAUUCAGAAGUUGUUCGAGGUAUUUCCUUUAAAUCACAAUCAGAACAUUUGUCGGAUCCCGGGGAGAUGUAUUCAGAAGAUGUUUCAUCUACUUUCCAAUCAGAGGAGCUAUCCAGCCCUCUAAUUGAGGAUGAUUUGGUAUUUAAGUUAAGUAGACAUUCUCCUGAAUCAGUGGGAUCUUGCAGUGACUUUAGGCUGGUGUCUUCAGAUUCACAUAUUCCUGAUUUCCGAUAUUCUUAUGUUGAAUGCAGUGGAGAGUUAACGGGACACAGGUCAUUUACGCCAAUAUCUACAUUGUCCGAUUGGGAAGGCACUGAGUUGUUUCUGGAAAGUCUUUUUGAGGACAGCAGACGAGAGUCCCCUCAGUCUUUUGGGUCAGAUUUUGAACUGGAUAAGUUAUUUAGCAGAACUUUGUCCCCAGACUCUUUGUCUUCUGAUUUGGAUUUUUCGCAACUAAAUGAGUGUUUGGAAGAUUUUAGAGCAUCCUCACCAGAAUCUGUAGCAACUGGUGAAUCUCAGACUUGUUCUCACGUUUUUACAUUCCGUCAGUCACAUGGUCAGCACUGUAACUAUUACCUACAGUACCCAGGAAAUAGGCCACUGUCACCUCUUUCUAUACUUUCCGAAUUGGAAGGCUCUGAAUUUUGUCUCUGUGACAUGCUUGUUGACAACCAAACAGAUUCACCAGAUUCACUUCCUACACAGUCUAAACAAUCAGGUGUAGUUGUUUCUCCACUGGUCUCUACAGUGAGACCUCUGACAUAUGCAGAAGUUGUUCGAGGCAUUUCCUUUAAAUCACAAUCAGAUCCCUUGUCGGAUCUCGGGAAGUUGGAUUCAGAUGAUGUUUCAUCUACUUUCCAAGCACAAGAGCCAUCCAGGCCUCUAAUUGAGGACGAUUUGGUAUCUGAGUUAUGCAGAUAUUCUCCUGAAUCAAUGGGGUCUUGUAGUGACAUUAGGCCCAUGUCUCCGGAUUCGCCUAUUCCUGAGCUCAGAAAUUCUUAUGUUGAAUGCAGUGUACAAUUAUCAGGGUGCCAAUCAUUUACAUCAGAAUCUACAUUGUCCGAUUGGGAAGGCACUGAUUUGUGUCUGGAAAGUCCUUUUGGGGACAACAGACGACAGUCCCCUCAGUCGGUUGGGUCAGACUUUGAACUGGAUAACAUUUGUAAAAGCAGGACAAUAUGUUCUGAUUCAUGUUCCCCAUCACUGACAUAUUCAGGCGUUUCUUUGACUUUUUCUUCAUUGGUUAAUUCUACCAAACCUCAGACAUUUACAGUGGAUUUUCAUAACAACCAAAUUGAGAAGCCAGGAUACUCCUUUCCUUACCAACAUCUAUUCGUCAACAAUGCCGCUUCCACCUCAACUUUUCAACCCUAUGAUAAGGAUUUUACUUUUCAACAAUCCCAUUUAAAGAGCAACAUUCUACUUAUUUCAAAGUUACAUGAUCCUUUCUAUAGUGGGCCAUGCUCUCACUGUACCUUCAUGCCUCCCAAGUCUCUGUAGUUUUUCUUUGUUUAGCUAAAUGAAUGUAGUCCUUUUCAUCUUCUGAAAAGAUACAUUGCCCCCAAUAAAUUGGUCCAAGUUUUUAAAAUAUGUUUUUCAUGCCGUUUUGUUUGUGCCACCAAUUUUAGUGUGUGCAGUUACCAAUCUGUAUGAGGAGGUAUGCUGGUCAAAGCACCUAUAUCAAUAUGAAUACACAAUCAUUUGAGCAUUGUGGAUUAAGUCACACACAAGCCCACUCAAUAGUAUUUUGCUGUGCUCUCAACUCUGACCACUUCAUUUUUACCUGUUCUCGGCUAGCUGGCAUGGUCCUGUCUCUGCUUUUUGACACUUCAUACCUUUGCUCACAUUUCAGAGGUUCUCUGAAAAUACUGAGUUCACUGGAAUUAAGAGCAGUCAGUCAAAACAAGCAAGUCAAAAUACUGCAGCAAAUUGAAGAAAAUAUAAUAAAAUAAACACUUGAAUUUUGUAAUCUAGGAA